CCAAUCAUUUGCAUGUCACUAUAAAACAUCACUGGCAGAUACAUCUCCACAAUAAACAGUAAACAAAGCAAAAUGAAGUCUGUUUACAUCUUCGUAGCAUUGUUCAUCUUCUUCCUCGCCGUUCUUGGUGAGUCGCCGGAGAAGAUAGGAGCCGACGAGAAGUUCAAAUGCCUGGAGGAGUACGGCGGGGACGUAGGUCCCACGUUCUGUAACCCUAAGUUCUUCCCCACGUUGUGUCGUCAAAACUGCAGGAGUUUCAAAGGUGCUAAAGGCGGUAAAUGCGAGAAGAAACACAAAAGCAAACCUAUCAAGUGUUUCUGCGACUACUGCAAAGACGAUUAGAUAUAUUUCAAGAAAUCAUACACCGCUUAUUAUUACUGUUUAAAACGCUAAACGCCAACCGCCCAACCCGCUAUAUAUUGCAAGCAAAAGACCCCUUUCCCCUAAGCGUUUUAUACUUUGAUAUAAGUUUAUGGUUGUAUGUGAUUCAUGUCAUAAUGUCCGUAGACGUAUAAGUAUUAUUAUCCCCUUAAUAAAAGCAUACAUGUAUAUGCUAAUUUAUGAUCCAAUGAUUCCGAACUC